AUGGCCUUCUCCCACGUCAGCUUGCACCGACACCAGGGCCAGGGUAGCGACGACGAGAGCAUCAUCGCGGUGCUGUUCCAGCUGAAUAAUUCGAACGUCAAGCGGCCGACCAGGCAGGUCAUCCGCGAGCAGGUUGCCGAAUGCACCGUCAUUGCUUUCGUCCGCGCCGCCGUUGCUGACUUUGACCGUGUUGCUGUCAUAGGCGGUGGUCGGCUGCUGACGUGGGAUAGCUCGCGGGUUCUGCUGGCGCUGGACAGUAGGUCUGAGAGGCUGUGGGAUAUUCAGUUGCGUUGA